GUAAGAGAUAAGCAAGAGGCUGGCGGCCGCGGCGCGCCGAGUCCCACACCGAGGCGCGCCUGCCUGCUCGGCUGCCGGGCGGCUCCGGGCGCGUGGCUCCGCUGCCCAAGCAUCGCCGGCCCGGCAAGAAGCCGCCCUAGCCCACGUGACGGCCCCAAGCUGGACCGCUGCCCCGGUCAAGCGGACCCAGACCCCGACCCUCGACGGCAGCAGCAGCAGCAGCAACUCUCCCUGGAAGGAGCAGCAGCCGCCGCCGCCGCCGCCGCCGCCGCCUGCGGUUGAUUGUCAUUUUGUUCUUCUUUCUCCUGGGGAGAAGCGCCUUCGCAACCCUGCACCAUUGCACUGUGGACAAUAUCGCCUCCUCUUGCGGACAUGGGAGACAUGGGAGACCCGCCGAAAAAGAAACGCCUGAUUUCCCUCUGCGUCGGUUGCGGCAACCAGAUCCACGACCAGUACAUCCUGCGCGUUUCCCCGGACCUGGAAUGGCACGCGGCGUGCUUGAAGUGCGCGGAAUGCAACCAGUAUUUGGACGAGACCUGCACGUGCUUUGUUAGGGAUGGGAAAACCUACUGCAAAAGAGACUACAUCAGGCUGUACGGCAUCAAGUGCGCCAAGUGCAACAUCGGCUUCAGCAAGAACGACUUCGUGAUGCGGGCCCGCUCCAAGGUCUACCACAUCGAGUGUUUCCGCUGCGUGGCCUGCAGCCGCCAGCUCAUCCCGGGCGACGAGUUCGCGCUGCGGGACGACGGCCUCUUCUGCCGGGCCGACCACGACGUGGUGGAGAGAGCCAGCCUGGGCGCCGGAGACCCCCUCAGCCCCCUGCACCCCGCCCGGCCGCUGCAGAUGGCAGCAGAACCUAUCUCUGCCAGGCAGCCGGCUCUCAGGCCGCACGUCCACAAGCAGCCGGAGAAGACCACCCGCGUCCGGACGGUCCUCAACGAGAAGCAGCUGCACACCUUGCGGACCUGCUACGCCGCCAACCCCCGACCCGACGCCCUCAUGAAGGAGCAACUGGUGGAGAUGACCGGCCUCAGCCCCCGCGUCAUCCGCGUCUGGUUCCAGAACAAGCGCUGCAAGGACAAGAAGAGGUCCAUCCUCCUCAAGCAGCUGCAGCAGCAGCAGCCCAACGACAAGACCAACAUCCAGGGCAUGACCGGCACUCCGAUGGUGGCUGCGAGCCCGGAGAGGCACGACGGGGGCUUGCAGGCCAACCCGGUGGAGGUGCAGAGCUACCAGCCCCCCUGGAAAGUCCUCAGCGACUUCGCCUUGCAGAGCGACAUCGAUCAACCGGCUUUUCAGCAACUGGUUAAUUUUUCAGAAGGAGGCCCAGGCUCCAAUUCCACCGGAAGUGAGGUAGCAUCCAUGUCCUCUCAACUCCCGGAUACACCCAACAGCAUGGUAGCCAGUCCUAUUGAGGCAUGAGGAACAUUCCUUGCGAUGUUGCGGUCCUUGAAUCUGUUCGCCCCCUGCUGGAGAGAGUGGGAAAGCUACCACGUUUGGGGACUCGAGAAAUGUUUAGAGAAAAAGAGAAAGAAUGAAAAAAAUAUUUAAUACAACCUUGUUCAUGAACCUAAGCAAAGAAAACUCCAUAAACAGUCUGAGGAGUUUUUGUUUUUUUGUUUUCCUUUUGCAAUGAUAAGGUAGCAACACUGUGAAGACAAUCAUGGGAUCUUACUAGAAUAAUAUUCAAAGAGCAAAGGAAAAUGCUUUUUUAAAAAAAAUCUAAGCGAAAGGAUCGGAGGAGGAUCAAGGAAACCAAACAGACGUUUGAAAAACGUAGAAAGGAUCCGGUCUUGAAGAUCUCCAACCUUCUCCUUCAGUGACUCCACAUCCUGGAGAGAAAAAAACUCGCCUCUAUCCUUAACCCUCUCGGUGCUGUGUGUCAGCCGGCCUUUUCCCUUGCCAAACCCCCUCUAAAAUAUAUUUAAAAACAAACAUUCUGGAAAGGAGUUCUGAUAGGUUGCUUCCCCGACAUCAAGAAAGGACAAUCUGUAGCCCCUCCAGACUGAACGAGCCAUUGAAAGAAGGAGGAACUGCGAGUGGUUUGCAAAUUUCUUUUUUUCCCCCGUUUAACCCCAGUCGACUUUAACCAGGGAGGGGUGUGUGGUCUCCGAUAGCAUGUACUGUAGCUUCUCCCCCUCUCCUCCUCCUCCUUUUUUGGGGGGGUUAGGUCUGUUGAGAUCCCUCCCGAAGCCUCCAGUGACGUUCCUGGAGGUUUCUAAAAAGAGGGAACCUGGGGGGGGGUGUUUUUAAUCCCAGUUUCAAACUUCACUUGCAACAAGGUAUACCUCUUUUUGCCCCCCCCCCAACCCCCCCCAUGGAAAUUGUGUCUCUCGGGGUUGUGUUUUUGACUGGCUGUCCGAUCAACAACACACUCCCUCCCUUCCCCCAAAGAUGUGUAUAGUUCUGGUUUUCUUUUCUUUUCUUUUUUUAAAAAGAAAAAAAAUGGACUGUUUCUAUUUCUCGCUCUCUGAAACCGACGAGCGAAAAAAAAUUACUUUUGUUUGCUCUCUCGCAUUGCAAAAAUUAUAAAAUUAUUUAUUAUUUAUUA